AUUGAGCCCAAUCUUUAAAUAGGAAUAAUACCCCUACGUACAGUUGCGGCAGCCUGCUGGCCCGGAUAUUUUAGUGUUUUCUCUCUCUCUGAACCUCAGCAUUAAAUUCCAGGAUGCCUUCAAAUAAAAACAUGCAAGGUGGGAAAGCUUUCGGUCUGUUGAAGGAGCAGCAGAGGCAGAAACUGGAGGAAAUAAAUAAGGAAUACCUGGAAGACCAGAAAUACAGGGAUGAAGAAGGCCUCGCAGAGAAACUGGAAAGCUUAAAAAAUAAAUAUGCUGAGUUUGACCUGAAUGAUGAAGGAGAGAUUGAUUUGAUGGGGCUGAAGCAGAUGAUGGAGAAGCUGGGAGUGCCCAAGACCCACUUGGAGCUGAAAAAGAUGAUUGUCGAAGUGACCGGCGGCAGCAGCAACACCAUCAACUACAGGGACUUUGUCAAGAUGAUGCUGGGCAAGCGAUCCGCUGUGCUCAAACUAGUUUUGCUUUUUGAAGAUAAAGCCAACAGCAGCCCCUGCAAGCCAGACGGACCCCCUCCUAAACGGGACAUCACUAGCCUGCCUUAAACUUUGAUGUCAGUCUCCAGACUGCAGAGCAGAGAGACUUUUUUUGUGACUGUGUGGAACAUCAUGGAAUAAUUGUAUUAUUGUGCAACCAGGGAUCAAGGAUGAUGUUUUGUGAACAAGUGGUGUGUGCAAGGUUUCUGUCAUUUGGAAGACCGAGCCUAAAACUCACUAAAAGAUGUUUGACUGUGAAUAUUAAUGUUUUGUUUUCCCUUUAAAUCAAAUGUAGCAGUGAUUAGUUGUAUAUGUAAUCCAGCUAAUAAGUUAAUUUUUUUUUUACUAAGCGUUUUGUGGUUGUAUUUUUAAGGGAACACUCAUAAUUCUAUAAAAGUUGCAUCUCCAUCUUUAUUAUAUAUAUUUUUUGUACUUAAUUUGAGAAAAUCAUAUUUAACAAUGCAAGAUUGGGUCACUUCUGGAAAAUCGGAUAACAAAAAGCAGUUUUUACAGUUUGUUUUCCCCACCAUCCUCAGCGGCGCUGCAUAGAGGUUCAGCUCCAUGCAGCGUCAGACAGCAGCAGCCCUGAUCAUCAGACCCAACAUGCUACGACCUUCCUUUUUAAAAAAUCCCUCACAGUUGUUGGCGAGAUGAGCAGAAAGAGAUUAAUCUUACCUGGAAGAGUUUGGGUUUUGGCGCGUGGCCUGAAGACCAGCCAGUUUGAUCCAGUUUCAGAUCAUGAGGUUUAAGCCACUGCUCUUUUUGGACACCGUUUCACAUACGGGCACACAAAGCAGAACAAAUGCACACACAAAAAAUAAAAAAAUUGCUACAUAAAGUACAAUCAUGUUCUUUCCAAGUGCCUCAACCUGCAGAUACUGUAAGGUUUUAGCCGUUCCAGAAAGGAGGAAGAGCACACAUGCUUUCAUGUAGAAAUACUUUUAGCUUUGUAAUUCCAAGAAAUUGUGAAUUUAUGUUUAUUAGGUAUGAUAGUAUUAAUGAUAAGUGAUUGCUUUGUAUUCACGAUCGAAUGGUAUUUACAAUGUUAAUUUUUGUCCUUUGCUUAUUAACCCUUGUUUUCUAUUUCUCUGUAAGUGUGUGAUCCAUUUUUUAUUUGUCUGUCUCCCUAUUUUAUCAACUUUUCAGUUUGUUACUUUUUGUAAAAUAUUUUCUGUAAUUUGUGCCUCUAUCUAUCUGCCCAUUAUCUUAUCAAUAUUCCGCAAAAUUAUUGUGAAUUUGGUACCUUCACUCAUAACAGGGUUUACACACGAUUUGUUUUUAGUCUUUUAGGAGUGUCACAUUAUUUUAAUGUUAAGAUGUGCAUUGUUUGCAGACACCAAAGGAAUUAAAGUUUCUUCAUACACUG